GGAAACUACGCCAGUAACAGUACCUACAAGGCAAACCUUGAAAAUCUCCUCUCCUCCCUAUCCUCCAACACUAAAAUCUACUAUGGCUUCUACAAUUCCUCUUAUGGCGAAUAUCCUGACCAAGUAUAUGCAGUUGGACUUUGUAGAGGGGAUAUUGAGCUUGGCGCCUGUCGAAGUUGCCUCAAAAACUCUACAUAUCUUCUCAAACAGCUGUCCAAAUAAAAAAGAAGCAAUAGGUUGGUUUGACGAAUGCAUGUUAUGCUACUCAAACUGCAAUAUAUUUGGUCGCAUGCAAGAUACUCCCGAGUUCUUUUUGUUGAACAUCGAUAACGCAUCAGCCCCGGUAGAUCAGUUCAAUCAGGACAGGACUUUAUUGGAUAGCCUGAAAGGUCGAGCUGCAUCAGGUGGUUCUCAACGUAAGUUUGCAUUAGGAAAUGCAACAGAACCAAACUUCAAAAUGCUCCAUGCACUUGUGCAGUGCACUCCGGAUUUGUCUGAGCAUGAUUGCAGUGAAUGCUUAUUCGAGGCAAUUGGGAAAAUUCCGGAUUGUUGUGAGGGAAAACUAGGCGAGAGAGUUGUUGGACCUAGCUGUAGUUUAGAUUUUGAGAUUUACAUCUUCUAUAAUGUCACAGCUAAUAUUAAUGCACCUCCACUGUUGCCGCCGCCAUCGCCUCAACCCAUGCCACGAGUAUCUCUAUCUCCCUCCUUCAUCUAUAACCAAUAUUACUGCUUCAAAAUGUAAUCAAUUGGGACUAGCACGUCUAAUUGUCAAUGGGGCUAUCCAAGGGACCUUUGAUCAUGGAUGUUCCAUUUUUUUUGAAGUAUUAUGAAUUUGGUUUUUUAACUUUAUAUUUUUGUUCUCUAUCUUUCUCUGUCUCCCUCCUUUUUAUCUUAAGAUGGAUUUUUUAACUAUAUGGAUUUAGAGCCAGAACUUCUAAUAUGAACAUUUUCUGGA